GCUUAGUUUGCGAGAGGAAAAGCAUAUUCGACGUCACAAGGAUCACAAUCAACCGAGCAAGACAAAAGAAUCGAAUCCCAUGUCAAGGUUCCACAGACACAGGCACACAAUCUGGAGAACCGCUCAAUCGGAUAUUCUUUAAGUGCUCUGCAAAUAGAACUUAUCUCAGCUAUAUUAUAUUAAACUUUAACUACAUAUUGUUGCUUAUUACUAUUCUUGUCUCUGUUUCGUGUAGCUGCCCAAUCAUGGCAAAUGUCUUAGAUACCGGUCUGUAGCCGGCCCCGCAUACAGCGUGUGCGCCCUCUCAACAACCAUGAUAACUUGAGUUGAACUUUUCUUUCAGUAUUGAUAACAACAUCAAAGAGUCACAAUGGAUAAGGCAAGAAUUCUACUCGUCGGCUGUGGGGGCAUUGGCUGUAUAGCAGCCCUCAAUCUUGAGUUUGGAGGCAGAGCUCAGGUUACAGCUGUGUUGCGCUCAAGCUAUCAAAUAGUCAAAGAGCGAGGAUUCACCAUUAAUUCCGUUGAUCAUGGUCAAAUCCGUGGCUUUAUGCCAACUGAGAUCCUACCAUCUAUUCCUGAUGUCUCCGAGUCCGGCAUCUCGCCCUUUGACUACAUUGUCUGUGCCACCAAAAACAUACCAGUUAUCUCUCCGCCUGUGGCUGAUCUUAUACGCCCUGCCGUUACUCCCGGAUACACCACCAUAGUACUCCUUCAGAAUGGACUUAACAUUCAAGUUCCUGUCCAAGAAGCAUUCUCAGAUAAUGUCAUUCUUUCUGGUAUCAGCAUGUGUGGUUCCUCAGAGCCUGAACCUGGCACUAUCGAGCACAAUCUGCACGAUGAGCUGCGUAUCGGCCCCUUUGAAGACUUUGGCAACGCUGCCGAGCGAGCAAAGGAUCUUGUAGCUCGCUUCAAUGCUGGGGGACGCUGCACUUGCCACUAUGAUGAUAACGUCACCUCCUCUCGAUGGAAGAAGCUUCUCUAUAAUGCCGUUUACAAUCCAGUUGGUGCUCUGACAAGACUAGACACUGGUGACAUGCAGCUUUGUCCUGGCCUCGUCGACGAGGUUAUACGGCCUGGCAUGAAAGAAAUACAAGCUGCAGCUGCAGCUUAUGGACAGGAGCUUACAGACGAGAUGAUAGAGGCAACAAUUGUGACCGAACCUAUUGACGCUCAUGUGUCGCCAAGUAUGUUGAUAGAUGUUAGAAAGGUAAGUGAACUCAUUCUAUGUCUACUCAGCAGCUCAUGGUUUCCCGCUUUCAACUCACCCCUACAAUCUCACCCUACCUCCAUGGCCCGUAUGCUAUCAGAACAGUACAUUGAGGUUGAAAACCUCCUCGGUGAGCCACUUAGAGCUGCCCAGGCACGUCAGGUACCAACCCCAAUUCUUCAGAACCACUACUCUCUAGCAAGUAGCUAUCAGUGGAAGCUCCAUAGCAAGAAGGAUAUCUCGGAGAUGGGAUGACGUAGAAUAUUCAUCAGUAGUUCAAAAUGAAGAGUUUUCUUUGAGCUGGUCAGAAGGAUAACUCUGGUAUAAGUCCGACUCACCAGGUUAGAAGUGUCAAAGUCAGCUUUU